UCUUACGUUAAAUGAUGAUUUUGUCGAUGAUACCUACAUAACUGGUUACUAUUUUCGAUAGUUUUGAAAACCGAACUGGACUGACGAGUUUUCAACCUUAAAAUUGCUUGUAUACGAACCACUGGAAACUGGUUUGAAUGCUUUCGGUUCAACCACUUAAAAGUUUUAGAAUUUAUAUUGUAUAUUUUGUAAGUUUCUUAUAACUUAACCUGGCAUAAUUUGAGAAACAAACAAACCAAUACAUCUUCAUGGAAUGCCUUACGCCUUCAGCUCUUGUCCUCCAUUCUUUGUGGUCUAUCUCCCAUCCACCACCAACGAGCUCCUCUACCACCAACGACCAAAGUUGAUGCUUGUAGUUUGUUUGUUCGAGCUCAUCAAUGCCUUCUCCAAGAUCUUGCCGUCCAUCUCUCCUCCGCCAUCGACCGAGCUACUCGACAAUCGUGAGCUCAUUGACAGCCUGUUUGAAAUCUGUUUGAUGCUUCUGGUUUAUUGUUCAAUGCUUCAAGCCAUGAGGUUUUUCCAUAGAUUGUGUUUUGAUGCUUCUAGAUUAUUGUUUGAAAACCAUCUUAUUGUGUUUGAUGCUUCUACUUUAUUCACUGUGGAUUUCAAUUCUAACUUCAAAUCUGUUUAUUUGUUUAUGGGAUUUAUGUACCAUCUUCAAAUCUGGCUAAUGUUUGUGGAUAUUUGAAAACCAACAUAAAAAUAGAAAGUAAAUUAGUAAAA